AUGGAGCCAGCCCCGAUGCCGAGUCCUGAUGAAUCAUCUCAAUAUGAAGUUUUUGAUGUCUCCAAGUUCGGAGCCACCGCCGCUGCCGAGUCAGACGACACUAUUGCAUUUAAGGAUACAUGGGAGGCCGCUUGCAAGAACCAGGGACGAACAAGAUUUUACGUCCCAGAAGGAAAAUACCUAGUGGGUGCGAUCGACUUCUUGGGCCCUUGUCGCAGUGAAUCAACCAUGGAAGUAGAGAUGAGAGGAGAGCUAGUUGCUCCAGCGAGCAUUAAGGAGUUUCGUUUUAAUCAAUGGAUUACUUUUCAUAACCUAAACGACAUCUUAGUGUACGGAGGUUCUAAUUUAGACGGCCAAGGCAAAGUUGAAGCCUGGAAUCAAACAAGUUGCGCGAGGGCCUGGAAAUGUGACAAACUCAUCACGUCUUUAAUAUUGGCCAAUGUGACAAAUGCAAUCGUCAAAGACAUUUCGUUAUCAAAUUCGAAAGGGUUUCAUAUGAACUUACGUUAUUCUCAUAACGUUACCGUUCAAAACAUCACUCUAAGUUCCCCGUGGAACAGUCCCAACACCGACGGGAUUCACGUCCACAGCUCUUCUAACAUCAAAAUCGCCGACUCAAACAUCGGAGUCGGAGACGAUUGCAUCUCCAUCUCCACCGGGAGCCUCAACGUGCUCGUUUCCAACACACAUUGUGGUCCAGGCCAUGGAAUCAGUAUUGGGAGCUUGGGGAGGAACAAGAACGAGGAGGAAGUGAGAGGGAUUAAGGUUAAAAACUGCACCAUCAACGGAACUGAUAAUGGAGUUCGGAUCAAGUCAUGGCCUUCUUCGCCUGCACCGAGCCAAGCUGGUUAUAUGACAUUCGAGGACAUUGUGAUGGUUAACGUCUCCAACCCCAUUAUCAUUGAUCAAGAGUAUUGCCCUCAUGAUAGCUGCAACACCACCUUUGCAUCGAUGGUGAAACUGAGCAACAUAGAGUUCAAGAACGUAAGAGGAACGUAUAACACUGAGUUCGGGGUGACUCUUAGAUGCAGCUCACUCGCGGCAUGUGAGAAUAUAACGCUCACCGACGUCAAUCUUAACCGUAUUAAUGCGACGAAUCUGAAGCAGCGAGAGAGGCUUAGUAUGAAGGGUGGUCUUCAUGGCUUAGCGAUUUCCAACUCAACCUUUAACUAA